AAAAUAAUAAUAACAACAAUAAUCGCUGGCCACCCAACCCAUCUCCUUUUCACACGCACAACACAGUUGACAGAAAAAACGAAAAAAAUAAAGAAAGGAAAGGAAAAUUUAUAGAUUAUCACCACAAUCCUAAUCUCAUCUUCCAUGCCGUGUUUAUUUUCUGUACAUAUAUGUCCGCCAUUUCGACCUUCUUCCAUGUCUUCUUUCCCCUCCCUCUCUAGAUUCAUCCCCAUUUCCUGAGGACAUAUUCCUCGUUCUCAUCUGCCCUCCCCAAGUUCUCGGUGGUUCAUCAUUUUUUUUUUAAUUGAGCCAUGCGUAGAGGCAGAGCUGCGGCGGCGGAUAACGGCGGCGAAGCUCGCGGAUCUGGAGGAUCCAAGGAGAUCCGAUACCGCGGUGUGAGGAAGAGGCCGUGGGGCAGAUUUGCGGCCGAGAUCAGGGACCCUUUCAAGAAGACGCGUGUCUGGCUCGGCACCUUCGACUCGGCCGAGGAUGCCGCUCGCGCCUACGACGCCGCCGCUCGCUCCUUCCGUGGUCCCAAGGCAAAGACGAACUUCCCCUCGCCCCUUGACGGCGCCGUAUUCCCCGAAUUGAACCCCCAAAACCCUAAUCAGGCGCAAAUCAACGGUAGUGCUAACGAUCGGUUCAUGGAUCCUGGGUAUUACACCCAGGACCCGCAAAUAAUCGCGCAACAGCGGCCUACCUCUAGCGGCAUGAGCAGCACCGUGGAAUCUUUCAGUGGGCCGCGGCAAAUUCGUUCCUUGCCGGCGCCGGCGCUUUUGCAGCAGCAGAGGAGGCAUCCGCGCUCGCCGCCGAUUGUUCCGGAUGACUGCCGCAGCGAUUGUGAUUCCUCCUCAUCCGUGGUUGAUGAUGCCGAAUGUGACAUCGCAUCUUCUUCUUGUAAAAAGCCUUUCCUUUUUGAUCUUAACAUGCCGCCAUCUCCCGUGGCCGGUGAAACUGCUGCUGAUCUGGAUGAACUCGCCUGCACGGCACUCCGGCUAUGAGCUUUGCAAGGAAGUUGUUUUAAGAAACUUCGUGCUUCCAUCUACCAAGUUAAGUAUGCUGGGAGGAUUUAAUGCCUAGAGUCUCUACUUUGUGAACACUACCUUAUUAUUUUUGUAUGACUUUUUUGUUAGUCUUUUUUUUAUUCGUUGAUUAGUCACUUGUUAGCCGAUUAAAUUCUGGCACUAUGCUUGUUGUAUGAAGUAAAGCUUGUGCGAAUUUCAUUGACUGACAAAGUUUUUCAGCCUCCCGCUAUUGUUUAGGUUUUUUGAUGCUAUGACUAUUUCAGUUUUUUUUUUCUUUUUCCCAUCUUUUACGUUUGU